GGAUCCGAAUAUAACAAAUUUGCUUGAGAUUUGACGAGAAAAAAGAAUACAAAAAAUGCGCGGGAUACUAAUUCUUCUUUUGUGCCUUACCGUGGCCACUUUGGUUAUGGGCAAUGAGUAUGUCUUAGGAAAACGCGAAGAAGGUGAUAAACUCGUUGUCGACAAAAUUAUUAGGAAGCCAAAAAUAUUGGGUAAACAUAUAACAAUUAAAGUUGGAGCUCAUGCAAAUGAAGACAUAAGUUUCGUUCGAGUAAAAGAUCUGGGCAAAUCCCAAUCAACAGUUCGUCCUUUAGUUGGUGGAUUAGGCUCACGGAAGAUCGUUUUGUUAAUCACUGGAAGUUUGGGUGAUGGAUUAUUUAUACGAUUCCAAGUUCAUGCAUUGAACAAAAAUUCGACAGAACCUGUUACCACUGAGCCACCUACCGAAAAACCAAGUAGCAGUCCAUCUACCGAAGUACCAAGCAAUAGUCCACCUACUGUAAGACCAAGUAGCAGUGUACCUACCAAAGAACCGAGCAACAGUCCACCUACCGAAGGACCAAGUAGCAGUCCAUCUACCGAAGUACCAAGCAAUAGUCCACCUACUGUAAGACCAAGUAGCAGUGUACCUACCAAAGAACCGAGCAACAGUCCACCUACUGAAGGACCAAGUAGCAGUGUACCUACCGAAGAACCGACUAGCAGUCCACCUACCAAAGGACCAAGCAGUAGUCCAUCUACCGAAAAACCGAGUAGCAGUCCACCUACCGAAGGAUCAAGCAGCAGUCCAUCUACCGAAAAACCGAGUAGCAGUCCAUCUACCGAAGGACCAAGCAGCAGUCCAUCUACGGAAGGAUCAAGCAGCAGUCCAUCUACCGAAGGGUCAAGUAGCAGUCCACCUACCAAUGGACCAAGCAGCAGUCCAUCUACCGAAGGACCAAGCAGCAGUGCGUCAAGUAAAGCAACAGACGCAACCCAGCAAUAUAUCGAAUAAGACGGUAAUGGAGAAUUUACUAACUAAUCCAAACAGUAAUGCUCUCAAUAUUUUAAGUAAUCGUAUUAAACCAAAUAAGAGAGAAAAAGAGAGAAAACAAAAAGUAUAACAAGAAGAAUAAAGACGAAGAAGAUAUGAAUCGUGUGUUGUGCAUUCGUAGAUUAACUGUCGUGUAACUAUGGACAUAUGUAUUAAUAUAUAUCCAAUAAUAUGGAUUCGUUAAUAAUUUCCUAUAUCACAUGAGAAAAUGAAGUAUAAGAUGAAAAAUAUAGUCUAUUUCGUUUAGUUUUAGACUUAUUAUUAUAGGCUUAUUAUUAUAUUAUUUUAGGCUUAUAUUAAAUGUAUAUACGUAUAUUAACAUAAAACUUCAACUCAAACGCAUAUUCUUGUUACACGCAUUAAAAGCAUAUUUUCAUCGAGAACAAUAUUUCUUAUUUAAUUAUUCUAGUAUUAACUUACAUUAUCCUCUUCUAUUAAUCAUUUAUUUUAAAAGUGAAAUUUUAUAAUUCCUUUUUCCGCCAUACGAUUCGAAUCGGGGGUGGAGGGAGGAGAUAAAAACCUUACAUUUACGGGAAUAUAUAUAUGAAUCUUUAAAAAGAACAUGCUUCGCUUUGUAAAAAAAAAUUCUAAAUUUGAAAUCCUGCGAAUAUAAAUUUUGUCCCACGAUUAUAUAUUUGGAGACAUUAUUAGCACUAAGCUGCUUUUCGAACGGUCACAAGCGAAGGUAACUGUCCAUACCGAAACCAAUAAACUGCUCCGCUUUUGCUGGAACUUUAUGAAACUUUUAAA